UCAAUGAGUGGAGGAUAACAACUCUCAAGGAGCUAGCCAUAUUUCAACAUUAAGUAUAAUGUUAUUGUUCUGCGUGAUUCUAGUAUUUGUAUCUCAACAUUAUCGUUCAUUUAAGAUUGGAAUAUCAGGGUACAUCAAAAGUAAAUACUAGUAGAUAAUGUUUAUUCAUCAGUUUUUUUACCCUGCGAGAUGUCGAAUGGAAAUAUAAACUUUUGUUGAAAAACUUGUCGUUUGAUCAAUCAAAACUUUAACAUUCAUGUGAUAAGGAACAAAACUUGAAAUCAAUAGCAAUUGAUAUGAAGAUGCAUCUAUCCCUUGGUGGGAAUUUGGAAGGACAUCCGGAAGUAGAGAACAUUCUGUUGUAUAACAAAUAACUGCGAAAAAUGAAACUGACAUUUGUAUGCAGUUCUUGAUUAUCCAUUGUUCAAUUCGAAGUAUUUAAACAAAUAAAGAACACACGCUGACGUCAACCUAUGAUGCCACGGAGAUCAGCACGUGGGAUUGAUUAUUUGUUUCGAUUCUAAACUCUCCCUCGCGAAUAUACGGAACAAUACAGAGCAUUUAUAUUUCUUGGGUAAAAUAACAAGUUCUUCAUAUCGUUCUCGAGUUUUGCAAAAGUUUAGUCGAGAGUAAAGCCAGUGACAGUCAGGAGCAAAACAGGUUGACGAGUGUACCGUGAUAGUUGGAAGCAGAAGAACGCGAGAAAAUGUUGACAGACUAGGUCGUUUGAUCAACUCUUUAUGUAAGCUUCUUGAUCUACGUUUAACCUGACCAGCAUCGCCAUCAAAGGCUGCAAAAAUGUCGACUUUGAGGAAAGUCACUGCAGAAAACCUGAACUGUCCUCUCUGCAUGGACACCUUUGAGGAAGCCACCCUUCUGAGCUGUGGGCACACCUUCUGCAGGAAGUGUUUGUGGAAGUACGACGAGUUUCACCCGGACCAUGCCGACAUGCUCUGCCCACUCUGCCGCGAGGCCACACCCUUGAACGAGAAACGAGUGGAAGGGUUGUCCUCUAACGUGACGCUCAACGGACUGGUCGGGGAUAUCAAUCGCAUUUCGAUGGGCCAACACCAUACCGACGAGUCAAAACCAAGGUGUAAUCUUUGCCUGCCGAUCAAGUCGGCGAGCGAUGACCAGGAUCAGGAGCAGCCCAUCGCUGUCUCAUUUUGUCACGAAUGCGAGGGUUAUCUGUGUGAGAGUUGCCUCUCAGGGCAUACACGAAUGGUGCACGUCUUUGGCAGCCAUCGCAUUAUCUCUGUCCAUGACGUUUUGAGCAAAAAGAGGCAAGAAGGCCACAUCUCCAAGACCUGCUCCGAGCACACGUCGGAGCAGAUGGACUUCUACUGUCAAGACUGCGAAGAGGUCGUCUGCCACAAGUGCACGGUGGUGAAGCACUGCGGGAGGGAUCACUCCAUCAAGGAUCUCGCGGAAUACGAGACGGAGACGAGACAGAAGAUCGACAUGUUAGUCAUGAGGAGCUCGGUCCGGAGGGCGAAAAUCGAGAAACACAUUGGCGACGUCAAGCAAGAGGAAAAGCACAUCCGGGUCAUGCUGACCAAGAUGGAGAACGAGAUCAACCGAGCUUACGACGAGAAGCUGAAGCAAUUAAAUGAAAACAAACGAGUUUUGAUGGAGGAAGUUGCUCGGGUAGAGGCGAUGUAUUAUAGGAAGCUCAUCGAUAUGACGAAAACGGCACGAACAUUGGCAAAGAAAAUAUCCGUGUCCAGCGAGAUGAUUUCCAAAGGUAAAAGAAAGUUCUUGUUCGGAGAGAGUCGCAUCACUCACAACAAUCUCUAUCAGGAGCUCGAUAUCGUCCUCGGUGAAGAAGUAGACAUGAUGGCGCCUAGUCGACUCCGAGACCUUACCGGAAAAACAUGUUUUGUUCCAUCAGCUAGCGACGUCAUUGACCUCGGGCAGAUCGGCGCUCAUAUCACAGGGUGGACUGUGGUCAAUGAAGUCGACUUACCUAGCGAAGACGCCAUGAACGGUCUCGCCGCCAUGUCAUACGAUAAAGUCGCGGUGUCUUAUUUCGACGGCGGUGUCGAUUCCUUUAAUAUCUAUUCCGGGGAGAGAAAGCUGUUGAUGGAGAGCGACGAUCGCGGAACCCACGACAUCGCUUUCUUGAGUGACGGCCGAUUUGUCGCCACUAACACUUGCCGAGACCUGAAGCUUUUCAACGCUGAUCAGACGCAAACCGACGUCCGUUUCGACACACCUUCCGAGUCAACAGGCCUGACGAUGCUCGAUGUCGAUGCUCAGGACCAUAUGUGA